AUGCCUGUGGUUGGCAAAGUCACCAAGAAGAAGAGCGGGUCGAGCACCGCCAAGGCGCUUGCCGAGCGCAUCAAACGGAAAGCCGAGGAACAGAAGGCCGCCUACCAAGCCGAAGAAUCGCAAAACACUCCCGAAAACCCAGUGGAAACCGUUAGUGUCGACGCCGAUGCCCCGACCAGAUUCGACCGGUUCGCCGAGCUCGAACUCGUCCCGGAAUUGCUCGAACUGAUCGAAGGGAUGAAGUUUACCACCCCGACUCCCAUCCAGGCCGAGCUGAUCCCGCAAGCGCUCGCUGGUAAGGAUAUUAUUGGCUUAGCCGUCACCGGGCUGGGGAAAACGGCGGCGUUUGCCAUCCCCAUUCUACAGGCGUUGGCGAUGGAGAAACUGCCGUUUUUCGCCUUAGUGUUAGCUCCUACUAGAGAGUUGGCCUACCAAAUAAAGGACACGUUUGACGCGUUGGGGAGGCUGAUGGGGAUGCGCUCGGUGUGUAUUGUGGGCGGGAUGAACAUGAUGGAACAAGCGUUGGAAUUGCUGAAGAAGCCUCACGUGAUUGUGGCCACCCCCGGUCGAAUUAUGGACCAUUUGGAGCUGACGAAAGGGUUCAGUUUACGUAAAUUGCGCUACCUUGUCAUGGACGAAGCUGAUCGCCUCUUGGAUAUGGAUUUCGGGCCUGCUCUCGAUAAAAUCCUCAAAGUGAUCCCCCGAGAACGCCAUACGUACUUGUUUUCCGCCACCAUGACCAACAAAAUCGAGAAAUUGCAGCGGGCGUCGUUGCGAGAUCCCGUAAGGGUGGCGGUGCUGAGCAAGUACGAGACGGCGGAAAACUUACAGCAGCUGAUGAUGCUUGUGUCUGAUGGCUACAAAAACACUUAUCUUGUCCAUUUGCUUAAUGAGCACAUUGGCAAGCUGACAAUCAUCUUUUGUCGUACCGUGGUGCACGCUCAGCGAACGGCGCUCAUGUUGACGAUCUUAGGCUUCCACGCGUGUCCCCUCCAUGGCCAGUUGACCCAGACUCAGCGUUUGGGCUCGUUAAACAAGUUUAAGGCCGGCAAAGCCAAUAUCUUAUUGGCCACCGAUGUCGCCGCCAGAGGGUUGGAUAUCCCCUCCGUCGACCUUGUCAUCAACUACGACAUCCCCACCGACUCCAAAGCGUAUAUCCAUCGAGUCGGCAGAACCGCCAGAGCCGGGCGACUGGGGAAAUCGGUUUCUUUGGUCACCCAGUAUGACCUCGAAAUGUAUCUACGCAUCGAAGCGGUCCUCCAGAAGAAACUACCUAAGGACCCGGCGCCGCCACGAGCGGUGUUGGAGCCAUUACACAUCCAUGUGGAUAAGGCGUUGGUGGAGGCAAUCAGACAGACGAAAGAGUUUACUGACCAGCGGCAGCGGGGCCGCAAACGCCGGGACGAUCGUGAUAAGGAGGAGCAGUAA